AUGGCUAUGCUACAAAGAGAGAAAAAGCCUUCUUCCUCUGUCUCUGCCUCUGCCUGUGUCACAGAACAAGAACCAGCAGUUCCGGAACCAGUGGAUAACAUCACAGACGACCCCAUUUUAGAGAAUCUGUCCAAAGAGCCGGUCGACUACGAAAACACCUGCUGUCUAUCAGCCCCCGUCGUUGAAUCACUGCAAUCAGUAAAGCACAUUUGUCUCUGUGUACUGGAUCUGCUACUGCUGCAAAUCGUUAGAAACCUACAUAGCAAACAUGCACGACGAUUAUCUGAUCCAUCAGCAGCCACUGAGCCACCACCCCACCAACCCAAGAACCUGCUGGGCUCCAUCACGCAAAACACAAACCUGCUGCAAGAACUUUCGUCCACUUCCAUGGCACGCAGUAAAUCAUCGCCCCCAGCGACCAGCAUAUCAGACGUAUAUCGUAUCCUGGAUGCUCAUCCUCAACGCCAAUUCAAUGCACAAGACUACACACUGUCUUGCUCACUGGCUGCUCUGUUGAACGAUGUAUAUAGACUAUUAGAACUGAACUCCAGCCAGCAGCAACAAGAGCUGGUCAAGACAGAACAAGAGGACGAUGUGAAUCUGCUGCAGCAGGAACUGCAUGAUCAAGUCUCUGUCUUUCAACGCAAACGGGCAGAAGGCAUCAUGUCUAUUGAUGAAGCCGAUGCCAGUCAAGAAAUGAUCAUGCUAUGGGACGAAAUGGACCACCUGAUGAACAUUGUGUGCAAAUUGGCCGUUCAGCAACAGCAACAGCAACAACAGGAUCCUCCUGCUUACAAUGCCCAUCAUGAGACGUUUUCGACGACAAAAGACGCUCUCCACGCUGAUGAUGACGACGAACACGACAGCACUCCGUUUACGCCUCCUCCUCCUGCAUACCACUCAAUUACUCCACAUGGGUUUAGUAUCAAGGAAGAAAAGACUGGCGAGCCCGCCACUGGAUCUGCUGGUGAUUUGGAUCAACUCUUGGAUGCCAUUGAUCGGCUCUCUCACGUAGCACCAAGACUGAAUAAUCAAAGAGUCGAUCUGACAGAGAAACAAGUCAAGGAGUUGGCUGCUGCCACCUUGGGUAAAACAGUGCAGCGAUUAUCAAGGGGUCGAAUGGAGGAUCAGCGAGCUCCUUUACCAAAGCAUCAAGUGCUGCAAGACCUGGUUCAACAGAUUCAGAAAUCAGCGUCAAGGUCAUUGGAUAAUCAGCGUGUAGCACUCAAUGCGGAUCAACGAAAGAAAAUGGAAUUUGCUUCUAUUCAUGGUGUUUUGAAACGUCUAGACAAGGGAAGAUAUGCCGAUCAGGAUUGGAUCUCUCAUGAAGAGCAUUUGAUCAAUGACCUAAGGCACACCACAGACUUGCUGGUCAAGUCUCUUGAUCGACCUGCUUAUCAUAGACAACGAUUCAGUCUAUCAGCAGCCAAAGAACGCACCCUGUUCAUGUCUGGACUGUUCAAUAAGGUUGAAAGCCUUGAGGGCUGUCGCCUUGUGAAUCAAGAUGCCGAACUCUCUUCCAAAGCUGCUGGUGGUGCUGCUGAUGACAAUGAAGAUUUGCAACAGUUAUUGAAUAAUAUUUACAAGUCAACGAAACCACAGUUGGAUAACCAGAGAGCUAGUUUUACGUUAUAA